GCAGGGCGGAGGGCUACAGUGCGGCACGGGGUUCAAGUCCCUGGGGAGCGGACCCGAGUACAAAUGCGCGGGCGCCGGCUAUUCGCUGCAGCUCCGGAACUGCCACGCGACCUGUGCGCUCAUGAACUGCGGCAGCAACUACUUUGCGGACCCUGGAAAAGUGAACAGCCAGUGCGCGUCCGCGACCUCCUGCAGCGGGAACGGCGACCGGGGAACCUGCUGCUUGCAAAAGUGCAAGAUCCCAAGCUCUAUGAAUUGCACAAGCAUCGUACUAGUGGUAAUCGCAUUACAAAUUAGCUCAGCAUGACAAGAAAUGGAAUUUGUGAAGCUGUUUUACCUUGGGAUAAAAUUUUGUAAUUGCAUGAUUGUAAAUUAUAAUUAAUACUACCAGUACGAUACUUUUGCACAGGAUAAGCUCCUUCUCUGCCUCUGGCUUUGCCUAUUUCAUCGGGAACAAUGCGGGAACUUUAUCUUGAGUAAAAACGUCCCUACCCCGUAGCUGUAAUGCAAAGCCGCAUGCUGAGAAUGUUUCUCAUGCGGAGCCCCAUCAGAAGCAUUUUCGAUUGGUAUAAUUUCGGAACUUGUGAUGCUCCAAUCAGCAUGACGUGCUAGAUCUGUCGUGAUGCUUCUGAACUACCUAAAACAGUAUUACGCUACGAGGCCAAACUUGUCAUGCGCAACACCCAAAGCUUGUUGGUUUGUCUAGCAGAUUUCCCAUCUUGUUGACUAUGGGUCGGGGAUGUCUUUUUUCAGGAUAAUUUUACAAAAACACCUUCUGGACUAAACUGGUCGACCCAGGGCAGUCCACGGCCGCCUUUCCGGGAAGCGCGGCACGAACCUAUGCAAGAAAAAAACUGUGUUAGUCGUGUAAAUCUGUCAUGCAAAACAUGCAACAGUGUUACACCUGUCAUGCCAGACAAACAUGGAGUCCUCUUUUCAUGUGUGAUGUUUUCCCUUACAAGCCACGCAUGGCCAACCGUCGCCGGCACGGGAUGGCUACCGUCGCGACCGUCUCACCUUCGAUCCAGCCACCACCCUCAUCUGCUGUUCAAGAUCGAUCCAGAAAGGGUAAGGGUUUUGUUUAGGUUUCAGGGUUUAGGAACCAACCUUACAAGCCACGCAUCACAAUGUGUAGCAAAUUUGUGAUGCUGUCGGCCAAAGAGAAUUAAGUACACUAACACAGUUUUGUUCGUGGAUAGAACCACGGGGACCAACAGUGUCCUUUUUCAGUGUUCCAGCAAGUACCGCGGAACGGCCAAAUACCGGUGUCCUUCGGCAAACGCCAACCUGGUGCUUAGUGGGUGCUACGAGAAGUGUUCCGAGGCCGGCAACUGCCCGCGGGGGUACCGGAAGAAAAGUACCCCGUCAAGCAAGAACUGCGCCACGCAGGCACCAGGAAACUGCAACUUGAGCAACAGCGGCGAUCGAGAUGCCUGCUGCCACGCAAACAACAAAUGCAAAUACACUCACGACCAGGGGGGUAGUAACCCGGACGGCUGUAGCAACAAGUGGGGCCGCGGGUGGAUGAAUAAGGACUCGGCGGAUAUCCUGUGCAAAAGUAUCGUACGCGUAUUAUGCAUUACAAAUUUUUUUCUCAAGGCAAAUCCGAAAGACAAAUUUUAUUUCUCAUGCUGAGGGAUUUUGUUUUUGUCAUGCAUUUAUACGAAUGCGUAUGCGAUACUUUUGCAGUUCAUAGCGAAGACCCUCUGCACGAAUCACUACUGUGAUCACAGCAGCGACAAAGAGAGGUGUUGCCAACAUACUCCGAAAUGCUCUCAGGGCAACAGUGACCACGGCCGAUGUGACAGCGCCGGAUGGCAUUACGACGCCGCGCGGGCCAAUUAUCGCUGCUGGGCGAACGCGUGCAGCGAUUCCAGAGACCUCGCCUUGUGUUGCAACCGAAACGCACAAUGCAAGACCUUUGGGUGCGGCGACAAAAACGGCAAGAAGUACACAAACCAGAACGGUAACUCUUACUUAUGGCGUUCUCAACUGUUACAUUCAUUCUCAACUGUUGCAUGAUUUGUCAUGCAAAAGUACCAUUAUCAUCUACACCAUUAAGCUGCUCCGCAUGACAAAUUCUGGAAAGGCCAAACAGGCUGAUAGUCUGUGCCAAAUCUGUCAUGCAAGACGCGCAAGGCCCGCCCUUUCAUUCUUCCCAUUGUUGCAUCACAAAUGAUGUAACAGAUGAGAAUGUAACAGUUGAGAGCGCCACAUUACUGCCAGGGGGCAACGUGCAACGAGAACGACCGCGCCAUUUGCUGCGUGGAAAACGAGAUGUGCGACGACCACAGCUGCCCCGCGGGCUACGCGCGCAGUCCCAGCGCCUCGGACAUCUCGUGCCUCAGUAAGAGCUGUUCCAGCAGCGACAACCAGCGGUGCUGUGUGAAUAUCAACUGCAAAUAUCCACCCUGGGCGUCUGGAAGGAUCCAACUUGUGAUGCUGUCUUUGCCUUGUAAAAAGAUGAAGAUCUGUAUUGCCUCAUGACCAGCAAGAUGAGUCCAGUUUGUGCUACGUCCCGUGGAGAAGGCAUUUCUCAUGCGGAAUAACCAUCAGGAAGCCCUCUAAAAAUCUGUGAUGCUAGGUCAUGCAUUACAGGCUCCGUGGGUCGUGAUGCAGAAUAAGCAUCACAAACCUGGCAGUCUUCCAGACCCAGAUCGAUAUUUGCAAUGCAUAGUGAAGCGCUGUGACCAAGCGUUCUGCAAUGGCUACACGUGGGGCGCUAUCAAAUGUAAAAAUGUCUGGGUCUGGAAGAAUUCACGUUUGUCAUGCUUGUCUGGCAUGACUCUUAAAUCUGUCAUGCACCUGCACGUUACCCAAGAGCUCCGUUUUCCUGUGAUGCAGAAGUGCAGUUUGUCAUGCAGAAUGGGCAACACAUAGGAGCUCCGAAACUUGUCAUGCUGAGCCAGCAUUUGUAGCCUCAUCAUGAGACGCCACCCAGCAUCACAAGUUUCCAGACCCAGACACUUUUGCAUUUGAUAGGCGCGGAUGGCGCGUACUUUGUCAAGUCUGGCUCCCCCAAGUGCGGUGGGUACAUAUGAACUGCAAAAGUAUCGUACUCGUAUAAAUGCAUUACAAAUUUCCUCAGCAUGAGAAGUAAAAUUUGUAAUGCGGAUUUACCUUGAGAUAAAGACGCAUGAUUGCAAUACGAGUACGAUACUUUUGCACAGGAUUGUACAGUUGCGGCAACAGCGACCUCAACACCUGCUGCGAGAAAGGCUGCGAAGUUGCCCAGGGAGAUAAACAUGGGUACCAACUGAACGCCGGGCAAAAUUGGAAGAAAUUAGCGCUGGCUCUCCCCUAUGGAUUGUAAAAGUGUCUGGGUCUGGACACUUGUGAUGCUGGGUGGCGUAUCAUGAAGAGGCCACAGAUGCUGGCUCAGCAUGACACGCUUUUGAGCUUACAGGUGUUGCUUAUUCUGCACGGCAAACUGCGUUUCUGCAUGACAGCAAAAUGGGGCUCUUUGGAAGCGUCCAUGACAGAUCUAAAAGUCAUGCCAGACUAGCAUGACAAAUCUCGCAAUCUCCCAGACCCAGACAUUUUUGCAUAUGAUAUCCCCCCGGACGGCAACUGGAAGUCGGUGGCAACUUAUGUAUCCUGUGUCUCCUCCACGCACACCUUGCCGCCUGGGAAGAGCCCUUCGGGGCAGUGCGCAAGCAAGGAGGGGAAAGUUGCGCUGUUCCACUGUCAUGAGAAAUGCACGCUGGCAAACGCGUGCCCUCUUGAAGCAGGGGGGUUUGCUAUCCUGUGUAAAAACGUCCCCACACCAUAGUUGUCAUGCAAAUCUGCAUGCUUAAAAUGUUUCUCAUGCGGGGCCCCAUGAGAAGCAUUUUCUAAUGCUGUUUUGAAAUUUGUCAUGCUCCAAUCAGCAUGAGAGAAUAAGAUCUGUAAUGCUGCUGAACUAGCUGAAACAGCACUACACUACGCGUCCAAAUUUGUCAUGCGAAACAGCCAAAGCUUGUGGAUUUGUCUAGACGAUGGGGUGGGGACGUUUUUACAUAGGAUAUUUGCUGUCAUUCCAAACCAGUACUGCUCGCGGCACAAGUGCCGGGUCGGCGGCUUUGCCGAAGCGGGAACGUUAUCAAACGUAAAAAUGUCAUCUGGGUCUGGAAGAAUGACAUGCUAAAUCUGAAGCAUGCAAAAAUCUGUGUUGCAUGAUUGCAAAAAGUCGUCCAGUUUUGGCCAAGUCGGGAGGGAGUCUCCUAUGCAGGGUAGGCAUGAGAGAGAUCGCACAGAAUCUGUCAUGCUAGGCCAUGCAUUACAGACAUCAUGGGUCAUGAGAAAUAUGCAUGACAAAUCUUGCAUUCUUGUGCUUCCAGACCCAGACAUUUUUACAGUUGAUAAACGUUGACCGCCAGCGCCGCACAAGCAGCCGACGAGCAGAGGUGCUGUAGAAUGACGUGCCGGCACCCCACCGCGAAACAAAUGUGCUCCGACGAUUAUGCGCCAAUCGAGACCCCUGUGUGCUCGGGCUGUGGAACGAGGCCGAUGGAAAGUUGGAGCACCUGCAACGAAAGCGGGUAUUGCAGCAAAUGCAACUCCCCCACCGGACGGCGGGGUGCGUCUUGUCGCUUGACCAAGAGUACCAAACAGAUUGCGCAAACCGACCCGCCGGAAUGCAAGGCGCUAAACAACGUGGGCACCAUCGAGGACUGGUUUCACUCUGACUACAUGAAACGCACGGACGACUAUCACAGUUGCGUGCUGCUUCCCAUGUUUAGUCGCGUGAAACCGAUUGGAGAUCCCGCCCUGCAGAACUUGCUUUGUAGUGACAAUCUCUGCACGCCGAUGAAGUACUAUGUUUCAACCUCGGAACGUGUCCGCGACGUGGACCAGUGCUGUCGGCAGAGUUGCGACGCGGUGACCAACUAUCAACUGUAGAAAUGUCUGGGUCUGGAAGAAUUCAUGUUUGUCAUGCUUGUCUGGCAUGACUCUUAAAUCUGUCAUGCACGUUACCCAAGAACUGCGUUUUUCUGUGAUGCAGAAGCGCAGUUUGUCAUGCAGAAUAGGCAACACCUAGGAACUCAGAAACUUGUCAUGCUGAGCCAGCAUUUGUAGCCUCAUCAUGAGACGCCACCCAGCAUCACAAGUUUCCAGACCCAGACAUUUUUACAUUUGAUACCAACUGCGGGCAGUCGUACACGCCGAAAGCGUAUCCCGUGCAAAAGUAUCGCACUCGUAGUUGUAAUCGCAGUCAUGCAAGACAAGUCGUCUUGUUUCCAAGUCAAAGUAGCAUGACAAAUUCAUGCUGGGGGGCUACGUAAUUUGUAUUGCGAUUUUUGCACUACUAGUACGAUACAAUGCUUUUGCACAUAUUCAUAAACCGUCACGGUCACACCUCCUCUGCGCGACCGCGGACUGUAGAAUCUUCGAAGGUCCUAACCUCUAUCAAAUGCAAAAAUGUCUGGGUCUGGAAGGGUGCAACUUGUGCUGCUGAAUUUGGAUGCUACAAAAAUCUGUAUUGCGUGACCAGCAACAAGAGGGGCACAAUUUGUGCUACACGGACUGACAGGGCAUUUGUCAUGCGGAAGGUGCAUCAGGAAGCCCUCUAAAAGUCUGCGAUGCUGGGUCAUGCAUUACAGGCAUCAUGGGUCAUGAGAAAUAUGCAUGGGAAAGCUUGCAUUCUUCCAGAACCAGACACUUUUGCAUUUGAUAACCUCUCCGUCGCAGCAAAAUCCUGCAACAUCAACAACGCGCAAUCAAUAUGGAAUGUAAAAAUGUCUGGGUCUGGAAGAAUGCGCGAUUUGUCAUGCAGCUUUUCCAUGGCCCACGAGGUCUGGAAUGCACGACCUAGCAUGACAGGUGCUGUGCGAUCUCUCUCAUGCCUAUUCUGCAUGAGAAACCCCCUCCCGACUUGGUGAAAACUGGACCACUUUUGGUCGUUAUGCAACACAGAUUUUUGCAUGCUUCAGAUUUAGCAUGACAAGUUGGAUUCUUCCAGACCCAGACAUUUUUGCACUUGAUAAUCAAGCGCAAAUCUGGUGGUCAAACUUAAGGACAAAAUUGGAAACGGCUUCUCAGUAAAUUUGAACUUCAACAACAAAAAUCAGGAGCGCACCGCGAGUGUGAAUAUGGGGUAUGCGGGUAGCUUUGUGCAGUCGUUAAACAUUGACCACAGCACUAGUGACGGGUUGUGUCUGAGCAGCAUCAAACUGAAUGGCGUGGCGCUUUUCGCCGGUCCCGACACUUGGUUCGACGAUCCCAUCACGUCUACAACCAACCGGUAUUUCUCCACGGGUGGCCACACCUGGAGCCUGACCGACCACGAUACCUGUUGCGCGCAAACGUGCACGGGCGUUUUCUGCGCGACCUUUCCGGUGGGACAGCACGGAAAGUACUUUGUGAAGCACGGCACCCCCGGCCAGUGUUCGAGCACUGUUUGUGGCGGGACCGGGGACCGCGACACCUGUUGUAACGCGGGCUGCAAGGAGCCAAGCAGCACGGACGCGUCCUACGUCGUGAAUUGGUCAAGUGCGUUACAAUCCGCGGCCAUGGACCCUGGACACUCACCCGGGUGGGUAAAGAGCAGCUAUGCACUGCAAAAGUAGCGUACUCGUACUAAUUGCAUUUAAUAUGCAUUACAAAUCUUUGUGUUAAGGCAAAUCCGCAUUAUCACUAAUGCUAAGCCAAUUUGUGAUACAACUUAUACUAGUGCGUGUGCGAUGCUUUUGCAGUUCAUAGCAGCGCAAUACAGUGCAACACCCCGGACUACCGCGGCCCGAAUCCGUCGCUCACGUGCGCAGGGGCGGUGUCCAAGAAAAAAACGUUGUUAGUGUAAAUUUGUGAUGCGCAACAUGCAAGAUGAUUGCGUCUGUCAUGCUUGGCAUGCAUCGCAAGGUGUAUUCUAGGCCGUUUUCACGUACUAUCUGCGCGCGACAGGUUAUUGCUGUCAUGCCAGACAAAUUUGUAAUGCUGUUUCUCCAAAAUAAAAGUUACAGCUACAAUGUUUUUUUCUUGGAUAGGCGGGACAGGACGCACAGUACAAAACCGGGCUAAAUGAUAUGGCGUUCUCAAACGUUCUUACAUUCUCGACAGGUGUUACAUGGUUUGUCAUGCAAAAACACUAUCUCUCUUCACACGAUCCUCAAGCCUUCUUUGCGUGACAACUUCUCGAUGCGCUAAAUAGCACUAGAAUUCGUCCCGCCAAGCCUGUAACGCAAAAGGCGCAAAAAUCUGCCUCCUUUCACUUUUUCCAUUCUCGCAUUUAACACAGUUGAGAAUGUAUACUGAUUUGAGAACUCCAUAAAUGACGGCUGUUGGGCGAGCUGCGAUUCGAUCGACUGCGAAAAUGAGUUCUACCAGGGAGACGGGCACGGGUCCACCUCCUUCUACAUGCGAACGAAAAACCCGACCGAUAACGGCUACUGCACCACGCGCGUGCCGCAGAGCGACACUGGGUGUCGCGACAACGACUGCUGUCAGCAGGUGUGCCGGUAUCCCGAGGGCACGACAAAGACCGAAAUGCUGUACGGAUACGUAUUCAAAGCGCCUCUUGCGACAGACCGCGAGACUUGGAAGCCCAUCCUGCAAGCCUCGGGCGAUCGGGGGCGGCCUACUAGUACGACCACCUGGCACACUAUGGAUGUGUCAGAAUCGAAAUCGACAAAAUCGAAAAACUUGUGAUGCACAAAAUCGAUGCCAGUUGGAGCCUCAGUUUCCAAGUGGCGCAUGACAAACUUCGGAAGCACCGAAAUCCAUUCUGUCAUGCUGUUUCUUUGGGCAAAGAAGACUCCUCCUGUCAUGCUACUCUGGCAGCACAUUGCAUACCCCUAAACAGGCCUACAAUCGGUCUCAUUUACCUGCUCCCCAAUACAGGCCUUCAGUGCCCUACAUUUUGCGCAUCACAAAUUUUUCGAUUUUGCCGAUUUCGAUCCUGACACAUCCAUACACACUGUCAGCGAUGACUUUUUUUCCUGUGCAACAUCGCACCAGCCCCAGGGGGUCUCGAGCACGGUGCAGAUGCAGUGUCCAAGCGAGGGCGGCUUGAUCAAGUUGCAGGGCUGUAAAGAGUAUGCAUUGCAAAAGUGUCUGGGUCUGGAAGAAUGCGAACUUGUGAUGCGCAUUUCACAGCACAGACAAAUCUCUCAUGCAUAGGCAGCAAAAGGUGCCCACUUCCUGUCACCAAAAUGGGGGAUUUGUCAUGCGGAUUAAGCAAUGCGGAAGCUUCUCGAAAUCUGUGAUGCUAGGGCUUCCAUGACCGACAUUUUGCGUCAUGCAAAAACAGGAUGACAAAAAUCUGCAUUCAUCCUCCAGACCCAGACAUUUUUGCAAUUCAGAAAGAGGCGUGCACGGCCUCGGCGCUGGACUGCCACGGUGGCUUAACAGGGUACCUGCAAAAGCGAAACCCGACUUCGGCGCUGCAGUGUCAAACGAACCACUGCGACAUUCAGAAUGCUGCGGACGUCAGUAUAACCUGCUCAGGUGUUUUUACAAUCUCAAACGUUACAAUAGAAUCUGGAACUUGUGUUGCAAAAAGUGCAUUAUCUUCUAGCCAACUCUCAUAGGACUGCGCUGAUAAGUUCGGGAGUCCCAAUCCGCAGCACAAUCUGGGGAAAUUUGUAUUGCAGAAAGCGGAAUGCUGUCCGAGUCUGUCAUGCUCAUCAUGCAAUACAAAACCGCGACUCUAUUGUAAGUAACGUUUGAGAUUGUAGCGCUUGAGCAGGUCAUAGUCAGUACCUGUUGUAUCCGCAGCUGCCAAGAGCCGGAACAUCUUUGGGUGAAAGCUAUGUUUGACGUUUUCCCGAUAUGACAAUGCACAACUCCACCCCCUCCCCCUCAUUUGUCAUGCAAAACCCCAAACCCAAGUGCUUCGCUUCGCUUCCCUGUGGCACUGUUUGCAUGACAAGAUUCCAGAAGCCCAAACAGUACUGCACUAGGUGCAUGAAUUUUUCAUGUACAGGCUCCACGUGUGCUGGUGUUUGUAUUGCAGCUCUUCAUGCAAUACAAAUGAGGGGGAGGGGGAGUCGUGCACUCUCAUACCCGAACUGGACGGAGUUGCUGUCGGACCCUAGCCUGUACCCAGAAAGCGGCGCGGCCUUCAAAUCGGCGACCGAUCUGACGAACUACAACGCUGCAAAUUUCAAGUUUCAGUGCAACGCGGGGGAUUUCGUCACGAAGACCGCCCCCAGGCUCCGGUGCACCGGGCCCGAGAAUCGCAUCACGAUUGAACCGGACGGGUGCGUUAUCAUACGAAAAAAGUGUUUCACUGUAAGGAUUUUGCAAGUUGUGCAUCACAAGUUUGUUCUACAUCACAGAGAAAAUUUGCCGUGCGAGAUUGCUAAGGGAAAACACAGCUAAAAAUCCAAUGUUCUAUGCAUGUGUAGCAAGAGAAACAUUUCUCGGAUACCUUUUCUGCAUUACAAGUUUACAGUGAAACAGUUUUUUCUUGCGAUAUGCGUGCCGAAGUGUAAGUGCACGGGUGGUACGGAGAUGAAUGACCACUCCUGUCCGGCGCCGCACGCCGAGCGCUGCGCUUAUGCAUUGUAAAAGUGUCGUGCUCGUCGUAGUGGUAGUUGUCGAAAUUAUGCAUGACAAAUCUUCUUUCCAAGCUCAAUCAGCAUGACAAAUUCGAUUUGUCAUGCUGAGCUAAAAAUUUGUAUUGCAAUCACUCCUAGUGCAAUUAUGCUUUUGCGGUUCAUAGCGCUUCCUGCACGGCCAAUAUGAACCACGUCCGCAUAGUGCCCGCUACCGACGACGGACAGCAGGCCUACGAACCCGGUCUGCGGCACCUGUGGGAGACCAGCGACAAGGGAGAUGGGCAAUAUUACGAGAACCGCUGGUGUUGGCCGAUGUGCAAGCACGUGGCUUGUUUGUACAAGGAUAGCAUAUCCACAGUAAAUUUAUUCCCACACACGACGUACAAAUGUGGUUUCUGCAUGACAAACUUUUCUUCCAAUCCUAUUCAGCAUGACAAGUGGCAUGCUGUCCAGCUUGGUACUAAAAUUUGUCAUGCAGUUUGUGCGUUGUCUACAGGAAAUUUGUAUUGCAUACAGCAGUUCCAAAGCCUAUUUCCAGGAUAGGCUGCUCCUCAAUGCCGCCGUAUCAAAUGCAAACGUGUCUGGGUCUGGAAACUUGUGAUGCUGGUUGAGAAAGAGGAGAAAACCCCAAUUGACUGCUGAGCGUGACAAGUUUUGGUACAGUCUACAGUCUUGUCUAUUCUGCAUGACAAAGUGAGCUUCUGCAUGAGAGAAAAGUGGCGGGCUUCGGUCACCACGCGCAUGACAGACUUAAGAGUCAUGCUAGCCAAGCAUGACAAACCUUGCAUCUACUUUCCAGACCCAGACAUAUUUGCGAUGCAUACGCCGGGACAGCGCCCCAAACGCCGUAUGACUCCAUAAAUUGGUGCAACAAUCGGGCCGAUGGCGUGACGCAGUGUAAGCAAGACGGAAAUUGCUGUCGCUUGGGCUGCAAGGCGCCCACGGAUAAGACAGGGUACGCGAUUUCUAGCUGGGAUAUGCAUACAGCAAAAGUGUGCUACUCGUACCAAUUAUUGCAAUACCGCAUGGGGAGAAUUCUCCUAUAGCGAAAUCUGCAUGACUUUGUCCUCACGUUGAGCAAAUUUCAAUUUGAUGUAAAAUGCAAUAAUAUUGUGCGAGUAGGAUGCUUUUGCACAGGAUAUGGCAAAACGCACUACAAAAACGACAGCUGUACCCGGCGGAACCAGGUAUACUUAGCAUCAAAUUUUUAUCGUUCGCCUUCAAAAGAAGAUCUUCACAUAGCUGUUCAUCCUCGUCGUGGCACUAA